AUGAGCACCUUCGGAGCGUCGAACUGGGGCACCGCUGACGGCGGCCAUGGUGGCGGAGCCCGGAACAGAUGGGGACGUAGCCACGAACGUGCCACGAGCAUGUUCUCCGUCGCGGAAGCGACGAUGCGACGAUGCGACGAUGACCGAGGGCGACCAUACCGGCGAAGCAUGCCGGAUUUCGAGGUGACCUCGAUAUGGGAGAUGCGGACUACCCGAUGGACCGGGUUUCCGGAACGCGAGCUUUGGCUCGAAGCGCGGAAGAGUAUGCUCUCAUGGAGGAGUGUCGGGCUCCACGAAGCGAGUUGCUGCGGACCAGAAGUUCCUUCUGCAGAGCGCACGUAUGUAUAG